UGCUUCUUCCUUCAAGCCAAUCCACGCAUGGGCAGCUAGUCACAUCCCCCAAUUUUAUUAAGUUUAAUAUUUCAACAAAAAGGUGCUUGCAAUUCAGCAUUAAAACGUCCUAAUAAUCGCAGUUGGGAUACCGAACUUGAGAAGCUUUGAUGUUAAAAAUGUUGAACUUGGUCAUUUUAAGUUACCAGGUUAAGAGACGUUUUGGUUUUGAUUGAUAGAUAGGUGAGAAAAUUGGGAAAUUUUGGGUGGUUGAGUUUUCUUGAGGGAAAAAACAAAAACACAUCAUGCUCCAAAUCACACAGACUUUUUUACUAACCCCCCGAUUCUAAAAAACCUGUCCAGAUUCAAUGUCACAUCACAUACCUACCACAUCUUCCUAAUUUAUAUAUGUGCCCAAAAAUAUGUACUCCCCCUCCCAACACAUGUGGCUGCAACUCAACUCUCAACUAUGGGGGAGGUGGUUGAUUCAUCAGCAUUCAUCCAAUCCACUGAACACAGGCCCAAACCCACCAGCACUUUAGAAGCUGAAGGCAUCCCACUGAUUGAUCUCUCUGCUUUGAACUCUUCUAACUCAGACGCCAUCGCUAGCCUUGUAGCCGAGAUAGGUGACGCUUGCGAGAAGUGGGGGUUUUUCCAGGUGAUCAACCACGGAGUUCCGCUGGAAUGUCGCGAGAAAAUAGAAUCUGUUUCGAGGAAGUUCUUUGGUCAGUCGAUGGAAGACAAGAGCAGGGUGAGGAGAGAUGAGCUGAAUCCGAUGGGUUAUUAUGACGGUGAGCACACCAAGAACGUGAGGGACUGGAAAGAAGUAUUUGAUUUUGUCGUCGAAGUUCCGACUGUGAUACCGGCUUCUCCUGAACCCGGUGACAAAGAAUUAACGAUGCUGCACAAUCAAUGGCCUGAAUUCCCUCCUAACUUCAGGGAUGCAUGUGAAGAGUACACUAGAGAAACUGAAAAACUGUCUUACAAGUUGUUAGAACUCAUCUCCCUGAGCUUAGGUUUGCCUGAAAGUCGGUUCAACAAUUUCUUCAAAGACCAAACCAGCUUUCUGCGCCUCAACUACUAUCCGCGCUGCCCCAUUCCUCACCUAGCCCUUGGAGUCGGUCACCACAAGGAUGCCGGUGGCUUGACUGUCCUCGCUCAAGACGAUGUCGGAGGCCUGGAAGUAAAGCGAAAAACAGAUGGAGAAUGGAUCCGUGUUAAGCCCACCCCAGAUGCCUACAUUGUGAAUGUGGGUGAUAUCAUUCAGGUAUGGAGCAAUGACAAAUAUGAGAGUGUGGAGCACAGGGUGACAGUGAACUCUGAGAGGGAUAGGUUUUCCAUUCCAUUCUUCUUCAACCCAGCACAUUACACUGUGCUGGAGCCAGUGGCGGAACUUGUGAAUGAAGAAAACCCUGCCAAGUACAAGGCAUUCAACUGGGGAAAGUUUGUCAGUGCCAGAAACCUCAGUAAUUUCAAGAAGCUUCAUGUGGAAAACAUCCAAAUUUAUCAUUUCAGGAAAUCAGAGUAAUGCAUUGGAUAUAAUGUAGAAGCAAUAAGGGGCUGUUCUAGCUUUUCUUCGACAAUCCAUAGUGUGUGAAACUUUUGGAAGCAUGGGUAAGUUUGUAUCAGACAUUUUGGAGAAACUCGAAUGAUAUUCCUGUAAUGAAAUGUACAAUUGGUAAUAGCGUCUUUCUACUUAACCAA